UUUCAAUUUUUUUUUUGUUAUUAAAGUAUAAUUAUUAUUUAUGUCUUAUAAUCAAAAUCUACCGACAGGUAGAGAAGAAAAUCGAAAUUAUUAUCAGCAACCAAACAGUGAAUCAACAACUACUGUCUAUUAUAAUGGAAACAGAGAUUAUGAAGUAGAGAACCAUAAUUUCGGUGAGCCCAGCGCAAAUGCAGUUGACAUUGAUGCUGCUAAGGGUGAAUACAUUCAAAUGAAGCGAGAAUUAUCUCGUAUCAGUCGUAAUUCUAUUCGUGCUAAUCAAAUAGAAGAAGGAAAGGCAGAAGAAGAAGAAUUUAAUCUUAGUGAAUUCUUAAACGGCCUUCGUACGGAUCAACAUAAUUCUGGUCAUGAAUUAAAGCAUUUGGGUUUGAUUUGGAAAAAUUUGACAGUCAAAGGUCUAUCUGCUGAUGCACAUACUAUUCCAACUGUGUUUACUUUUCUUCAAUUCUGGAAAUUGUUGGGUAUUGGAGCUAGUAAAGAUAAAACAACUAUUCUUCACAAUUUAACAGGGCAUUGUAAAGAAGGUGAAAUGCUACUUGUUCUAGGUAGACCUGGUGCGGGUUGUACCUCAUUUCUGAAAGUGAUGGCUAAUAUGUGUGGUUCAUUUACCGAUGUGGAUGGCCUUGUCAGCUAUGGUGGUAUUGACGCAAAUCUGUUUUCUAAGUAUUAUCGUGGUCAAGUUUGUUACAAUGAAGAAGAAGAUCAGCAUUAUCCUACUUUAACCACAAAGCAAACACUUCAAUUUGCCCUUCGCUUAAAGACGCCCGGGAAACGUCUCCCGAACGAAACCAAAUCAGACUUUGUCAACAAAAUUUUAUAUAUGCUGGGUAGCAUGCUCGGUCUCACGAAACAAAUGAAUACAACUGUGGGUAAUGCCUUUAUUCGUGGUUUAUCAGGUGGUGAGCGUAAACGACUUUCGAUUGCAGAACAGAUGACAACUUCAAGCUCUAUUAAUUGUUGGGAUUGUUCUACUCGUGGUCUUGAUGCUGCCUCUGCUCUUGAUUAUGUUCGUUCUCUUCGUAUCAUGACAGAUAUUUUCCAAAAGACAACGAUUGCAACCCUUUAUCAAGCUUCGAACGGUAUAUUUGCACUCUUUGAUAAGGUACUUCUGUUAGAUGAAGGUCGUUGUCUUUAUUUUGGUCCUACAUGUUAUGCAAAAGAAUAUUUCGAAUCUCUCGGUUUUCAUUGUCCACCUCGAAAAUCAACUCCUGAUUUCUUGACAGGUCUAUGUAAUCCUAAUGAACGCGAAUUUAAACCUGGAUUUGAAGAGACUGCCCCUCGGUUUGCUACUGACUUUGAAAAGAGAUACUUUGAAUCACGAAUUUACAAGGAAGUCAUGGAGGACUUUGCGGAAUAUGAAGCAUUUAUAGAAAGGGAAAAGCCUUCAGAGACAUUUAAAAAAGCAGUCGAUGAAGAGCACCAAAAGCAUGCCAAUAAAAAGCAACCCUAUACUGCCUCCUUCUAUCAGCAAGUGAAAGCCCUUACCAUUCGUCAAUUCUAUCUUAAUAUCACUGAUGUUGGUGCACUCAUCUCCCGUUAUGGUACAAUUCUCAUCCAAUCCCUUAUUACUGCUUCCUGUUUCUUUAAGAUGAGUCAGGAUGGUGCUGGCGCCUUCUCCAGAGGUGGUGCCCUCUUCUUCUCAGUCCUUUUCAAUGCUUUUAUCUCACAAUCCGAACUUGUUAAUUUCUUAAUGGGUAGACCCAUUCUAGAAAAACAUAAACAGUACGCACUUUAUCGACCUUCAGCCUUCUAUUUAGCACAAGUCAUGUUGGAUAUUCCUUAUGCUAUUAUACAAGUACUUUUAUUUGAAAUCUGUGCUUAUUUCAUGAUGGGCCUUAGGUUGACCGCUGGUGCUUUCUUUACAUUCUUUAUCUUUUUGUUCUUCAUCAAUAUGUGCAUGAACGGGUUUUUCCGAUUCUUUGGUGCCAUAUCAUCUAGCUUCUUCGUGGCCACACAGGUCUCUGGUGUCAUUUUGAUUGCUGUGACCAAUUAUACAGGUUACACGAUUCCAUGGAGUAAGAUGCACCCUUGGUUGUACUGGAUCUAUUGGAUUAAUCCAUUAACCUAUGGUUACAAAGGUCUACUAGUGAAUGAACUUAGUGGCCAAAGGUAUAGUUGUGAGGGCCCAGGUAAUUCAAUUCCUUUUGGUCCUGGAUAUGAUGAUUGGAAUUACAAGGUUUGUACUAUGGCAGGAGGCCGUCCUGGCGAAAAUUUUGUACGUGGUGAUGAUUAUCUAAUCGACUCUUUAUCUUAUAAUCCAAACCACCUUUGGGCACCCAAUUUUGUGGUCAUCAUUGGUUUCUUCCUCUUAUUUACUUUCAUGACAGCCGCUGCUAUGGAGUUAGUUGGCUUGAGUAAAUCAAGCACACUUACUAAACUUUAUUUGCCAGGGAAGGCGCCUAAGCAUCGUACAGAAGAGGAGGAGGAAGCUCGUCGUUGUAAACAGGCCCAUAUUAGUGAUGAAAUGGGUACUGUCUCUGACGGUACGACCUUCUCUUGGCAAGAUAUCAACUAUACUGUUCCUGUAAAGGGAGGUCAACUUCAACUUUUGAAUAAUGUAAGUGGUAUCGUUCGUCCUGGACAUUUGACAGCACUCAUGGGCUCCUCUGGUGCAGGUAAAACAACACUGUUAGAUGUACUUGCUCGUCGUAAAACGAUUGGUAAAGUUGAGGGCCGUGUUUAUUUGAAUGAUGAGGCCCUAAUGUGCGACUUUGAGCGUAUCACAGGGUACUGUGAGCAAAUGGAUGUUCAUCAACCAAUGGUGACCGUUCGUGAAGCACUUCGUUUCUCUGCUUAUCUUCGUCAGCCUGCUGAAGUUCCUAAAGAGGAAAAAGACAAAUACGUUGAAACGAUUCUAGAGCUUUUAGAAAUGCAAGACAUUGGUGAUGCACAGGUUGGUCAGGUUGAAAGUGGAUAUGGCAUCUCUGUUGAAGAACGUAAGCGUCUAACGAUUGGUGUAGAGUUAGUUGGUAAACCCAAGUUAUUAUUCCUUGAUGAACCUACAUCAGGUUUAGACGCUCAAAGUUCUUACAAUAUUAUUCGAUUCAUUCGUAAGCUUGCUGAUUCUGGUUGGCCGGUCUUGUGUACGAUUCAUCAACCCUCUGCUGUACUCUUUGAGCACUUUGAUCAUAUUUUACUUUUAGUCCGAGGGGGUCGUACUGCUUAUUAUGGCGAAGUUGGUAAAGAUUCACGUACGAUGAUUAAUUACUUUGAACAGAAUGGUGCACCCAAAUGCUCACCAGAUGCUAACCCCGCUGAAUACAUUUUGGAGUGUGUUGGUGCAGGUACUGCUGGUAAAGCAAAAGCUGACUGGGCUACUAUUUGGGAGGACUCUAAAGAAUGUAAAGCUUUAAGAGAGGAACUUGAAGAUAUUCAUAACUCCUCUAACCCGAAUCCUACUCGUCCUGCAAAAACAUAUGCAACCAAUUUUACAACUCAAUUUAAAUUAGUUUAUAAGCGCAUUGCUUUAGCCUAUUGGAGAUCUCCAGAUUAUAACAUAGGUCGUUUCUUGAACGUUAUGUUCACGGCUUUAAUUACAGGCUUUACAUUCUGGAAACUUGGAAACUCAUCUACUGAUAUGCAAUACAAACUCUUUGCCCUCUUUGGUACUUUCAUCAUGGCCAUGACACUGAUCAUUUUAGCUCAGCCCAAAUUUAUUACGGAAAGGUUUUAUUUUAGACGUGAGUACGCCUCUCGAUACUAUGGCUGGCUUCCAUUUGCACUCUCUGCUAUCCUUGUCGAAAUUCCAUAUAUAUUCUUCUAUUCAGCUUGUUUCAUGUUUGGCUUUUAUUGGACUACAGGUUUGAAUGCUAGUUCUGAAUCAUGUGGUUACUUUUAUAUUACCUUCACUAUCCUUGUCUGUUGGGCUGUCUCACUUGGUUUCGUGAUCGCUGCCUUCUCUGAGUCACCCUUAAUGGCCGCUGUCAUUAAUCCCCUUAUUAUCUCUUUACUUAUCUUAUUUGCUGGUUUGAUGCAGCCUCCCUCUCAGAUGCCUAAAUUUUGGAGCUCUUGGAUGUAUUGGCUAGAUCCAUUCCAUUAUUAUAUUGAGGGGCUCACGGUAAAUGAACUAUGGAACCUUGAAGUGCGUUGUGUUGAUUCUGAUCUUCUUAAAUUCAGUCCCCCACCUGGACAGACAUGUGGUGAAUAUAUGCAACGCUUUUUCUCUUAUGGUGGUCCAGGUUAUAUUGCAAAUCCAGAUGCCUCUCAACCCGACAUGUGUGGUUAUUGUACAUACAAGUCCGGUUCAGAGUUUUAUAGUACUCAGUUUGAGUGGGAUGUAGCACAUCGAUGGCGCAACUUUGGUAUUUUAUGUGGUUACUUUAUCUUUAAUAUCAUCGUAUUUAUCAUCUUGGUCUAUCUUCGUAGAAAGCAAAGACGUUAAAUGAAAAGAAAAGAAAAGAAAAGAAAAGAAAAGAAAA